AUUCACUCCUUUGCGCAAGCAGCAUGGCGGCCCGCUUGGAGUACAACUGGUCGACGGAGUACAAGAACGACAAGCGGCUGCUGGAGAUGCGCGAUGCAUGCAAGACGAUCCUGCUCAUGCUCAACAAGGAGGACGCCGAGCUGCCCGAGCCAUCGAUCCGCGGCUACCCCACAUCCGCCAAGAAGGCCCGCGUGGCGGCGCCGCCCGCCAAGCCAAAGCCAGCAUUAGCAGCGCCCAAGGUCGCUGUCAAGGUCGAUCGUCGCCCGCGAAAGGCCCCGAGCGUGCCCGACGAUGGGUCGUCGACCGCCGACAGCGACUACAUUGCGCGGGGCACGUUUACGAAUCCGAUGGACGACAUGAGCGAGUACGAGAGCGACGACUCACUGCCACCGCCCCGACCGGCGCCAAAGAUCUACGAAAAGGUCGAGGUCGAGGACGACGACGGCGGCGACGACGACAGCGACGACGAGAACGCAGACAAGGCGUGCAAGAUCUGCGAUAUCAACGAAAACGACUCGCAGAGUCUGCUCUGCGACCUCUGCGAAGACGUCUUCCACACGUACUGCGUCGGGCUCCCGGACGUGCCCAAGAACGACUGGUUCUGCUCGACCUGUCUCGCCGCCGAGUACAUCCGACUCACGCAUCAAUUCAUGGCCGAGCCGCUGGCCGUUCUCAACACAUGGCUGGUCCAUGCCAGCGGCUGCGAUGCGCGCGACGACGUGUGCCAGUCCGCGUCGCUCGCGCGCAUCUGCGUCUUUCUCAAGCGCCUCGUGCGUGCGAUCGCGCUCACCGACGGCGUCUUGCGGGCCAAGUUUGGCGAGCUCCUCACGCACCACAUUGGUGGUUGCACCGAGAAGCUCUACUGCCCCGUCCCGCUCUGCAACCAAAUGCGGAAGCGCAAGGCCAAAGUCCACAUCCGCGCACUGGAGCUGUGAUCACUCGAUAGAUUGAUAUAUAUAUACUUUUCGUGGCGUC